AUGUCUGGGCCAGAGCCUUACCAUCACAAUCAGACACAUGCCCUCACACUUCCAGACCUCUCUGGGGCAGUUCCUACAUCCACAGAGGCAAGGGCAAAGUGUCGCAUUGCUACAUUGGAAGAGGAACUGCAAAUGAUGCAGCAAGAAAGAGGAACUAAGCAGAGAAAGAUAACCUACUAUGUGUCUCAAGGCAGGGCAAUUUGUCACAUGGUUGUUUUAUAUACUGGCUUGAAAGACUUGAUUGCCAAAAAUGAUUGCAGGUACAAGGGACACCUAGUGAACAACACCACAGAACAAGAUCACUUGCAACAUGGUUACAUCACACUUGUGCAGGUUGUGCCAUGGCUACACCACAAGCUUUCAGAACUCAACAUUGAUGACUCUGAAGAUAUGCUGAAAAAUGUCAAUGAAGAUUUCUGCCCAUCCUAUUUACUCAAGGCUAAUGACAAGCACUCACGUGGCUUUGUACAUGACACUUGUGGGAAGUUGCUCUGCCCUGCUGAGUGGGACUGGAGUGAUCCCCAAGUAAAGGCCAGUAUUCACAACCAAACAUCUGAGUAUAUUGUAUUGGAAAAUUCCUGGUCACUCUCUCUGUACAAGAACUACUCAGUUGAUAGUAGCAACCUCAAGCAAGGUCUUUUCAAGUUUAAGAUUCUGGUGAAGGCUUUCAAAGCCACACUUACAUCUCCAUCUUCUGCUAGGGAAGCUGAUGACAAUGGAGCUGAUAUACUGGAGAAUAACAGGCACACAUUAAACCAGGCUAAGGUUAAAGUAUGCAUGGCCUCAAUUAUCAAUAUGAAGAAGGUUACUCCUCACUCCAUUGUGUAUGUUGUCUGUCAAGUUCAUUUCACUCUUUCUGGUGUCACAUCUUGGUGCACCAUUGACAGUGACUUCAACUAUGAAAUGUUUUGGAACAACAUUGUGGACUUUUUCAAGGAUGUCCCUGGUCCUGUCACACAACACAGGGUAGCUCAACUUCUCAAGUGGUGGACCAGGUAA